AUGCAUCUCUCCACUCUCCUCUCUAGCAUUCUGCUCCUGGUCCUCAGCUCCAGCCUCACUAAUGCAGCUAGUCUUCCCGUCCGCUCCAUAACCUGGAACAUCCGGUACGCGACAUCAUCCCCAGGGACAGGCGAGAAGCCAUGGUGGACUGUCUUCUGCUCCAUCUGGUCCGACCAAUGCCGCAUGCCACACGUCCAAUCCCUCCUCUCUGAUACCGCCGACGCAACCAGCAACCCAACCAUCAUCGGCCUCCAGGAAGUCCUCUCCAACCAGCUCAGCGACGUGAAGUCCGGCCUUGGCUCCUCCUGGGACCAUCUAGGCGUUGGCCGCGACGAUGGGAAAUCAUCAGGAGAGUUCAGCCCGCUGCUCUACCGUACGGAUGUCUUCCGCGUGCUGUUCAGCGAGACGAAAUGGCUGAGUCCUACCCCGGACGUGGUCUCGUUCGGAUGGGGAGCAGGCAGCAGACGCGUCGUUACGCUGGGUGUGUUUGAGCAUAUUGCGACUGGGAAGCGCUUCAUUGCCGCUAACACGCAUCUUGAUAACGUGAGUUCUCAAGCAAGGAGUGAAGGCAUCAAGGUCGUUGUGUCGCGCAUUGAGGCUGCGAGGGCGGCGUAUGGGAAUAAGCUCGGUGUCGUCCUGACGGGGGAUUUCAACUCGGAGCCGAAUGGUGAUGCGUAUGCGACGCUGAAGGGGCUGAAGUAUUUGACGGAAGUGUGGGAGUCGGGUGCGAAGAGACUGGGCCCGAAUCAGUUGACUUAUACGGGGUUUACGACCACGGGGGUUAGCAGGAUUGAUUAUUGCUGGACUGGACCGGUGGGUGCGAAUGCGGUUACGGUGCAGCAGUUUGAGAUCUUGGGGAAUGUGGUGGAUGGGGUUAUUGCGAGUGAUCAUAGGGCCGUGGUUACAGACUUGACGAUUGUGUAA